UUGCUCACGGUGGAAGAGAGCGCUGCAGCCUAUGGAAGCUCAAGCGAUGGUUGCUUCCGGGUGGAACCUUCCUUCCGUCGACGGUUUAACCUGGUUCAAAAAGCGGGUGCUGUUCGCCAGAGGAACGACCACUAAUAAUUAUUUGGCGCACCGGAGGAGACUCCGCGUUCCGAGAUAAGGCGGCCUGCGAAAAAGGUUCGUCGUCGUCGCAGUGCCCCUUGCGGGACCCGCAUGCGUUCCAGCCCAUCUUGACCGUCCGUUUCCUGUGCUCGUUUUGGGAGGAUUCAAGCGUGGAAAAUAUGAUGGAUCGACAACUCUGACAGCGCUGACGAGGACAGAGAGCGAAGAACAGAAAGCCCGAGGCCACCAACGGCCUCGCCUCUUCUCCCUCGUGAUAGAUUGAUAAAUAGACUCUUCCCAGAGCUCCGCCGCCGCCGUCGCCGUCGUAUCGUCUCCGUGGAACCGGAAAUGGGCGCUCCUGUCACGGUAUCAUACCAGCCCACAUAGCUUGCACCCCAUCGAUUCCUUGAGCUGUCGGUGCACGCAAAAGGUGGUGAUGGAGAGAGAGGCAGGAGAAAAGGAGGAGAAGGUCGACGUAGGAGACGCGGAAGCUAAACCAGAUGGGGAUCAGAAGAAAGAAGUCGACGGAGGAGGAAAAGGAGCAGGGGCUGUCGUGGUGGCGGUCGAUGCAGCUCAGAGCGAGACGAGGGCCUCCAGGUUGCAGACCCAGCAUCCGGUAGCCUCCAUCCAGGUCGUGCCCCGUGGCGCCGCCACUCCGGCCACCCCCGCCGACGCCUACCAACCCACACUGACCCCGUCGCAGGUGGGUUUGGCGUCGCUGAAUUCCAGAGCGUACACCAAUAGGAUAUCCCUCCUCCUCUUCGUCCUCCACCUGCUGGUGGCCGCCGCCGCCGUAUGCUUCUUCUGCUUCAAGGGCGUCGAAGGAGUCCUCGAUUUCAACUCGGAAAAGGCUCGGAAGGAGCGCCACGUGCUCAAGUUCUGGCUCCCGCCCAUCGAGGGCGCCUCCGUCCUCAGCAUCAUCCUCGCCUUCGCGUGGCAGAAGGCCAUCCGGUCAUGGCCCUCCGUGAUGGUCUCCUUCAUCCUCUGGGCCUGCUUCUUCUCUACCAUGGCUGCCGGCAUCCUGCUCCUCUGCUUCUCCCUCCCGGCGACGGACGGUCUCGGCGUCGCCCUCAUCGCCUUCUCGAUUGGCGCCGGUCUGUACGCGUGCUGGGUCACCCGCCGCAUCCCCUUCGCUGGAAAGGUCUUCGCCCUCGCCCUCCGGCCGGCGACCAAGUUCCCAGAUCUCAAUGGUCCGGCCUAUCUCAUGAUGGGCGUAGGCUUCCUUUGGAUCUCGGCUUGGUGCUUUGCAGUGAUCGGAGCGCUCAACUUCUACUAUCCACCGCUGACCAUCCUCCUUUUGGUGCUGAGCCUUGCUUGGACAGCGGAGGUGAUGCGCAAUGUAGCCAAUUUGACAGUGAGUCGGGUUAUUGCCCUGUACUACCUCAGGGGGAUGCAGUCCAAUACUCAGUUCAGCUUCCAGCGAGCCACCACCAUUAAUCUCGGCAGCGCUUGCCUCGGGUCGCUCUUCGUGCCCUCCAUCGAGGCGCUACGCAUCAUUGCCCGCGGCCUCAACUUGCUGGAGGGAGAGGAUGAGUUCUUGUUCUCGUGUGCGCACUGCUGUCUUCGGGUCAUGGAGUCCAUCUUCCGCUACGGCAACAGCUGGGCGUUCGUCCAUAUAGCGGCGUACGGGAGGGGGUUCGUGGCGGCGUCGCAGAGCACAUGGGGGCUGUUCGAGAGGCACAAGAUGGAGGAGCUGGUGGACUCGGACAUCACCAGUGCCGUGUGCUUCUUGACGGGGGUCACCAGCGGCGCCCUCUCCCUCAUCUUCGCUGCUUCCUGGACCUUCUCCUCCCACAAGCACUACACGGCCACCGUCUCCCUCCUCGCCUUCUUCGUGGGAUAUCUCAUGACGAGGAUCGGCAUGGCGUUGCCGCAUGCGUGCGUCGCGUGCUACUUCGUUUGCUACGCCGAGAACCCGAGCCCGAGGCUGUUCGACGACACCAUCCCUGCCCGGCUCAACCAGAUCCAGUCCGACAGUGAGGGGUUCGUGCCGACGCCACGGUUCCCCCGGCGUCACCCUACAACCUAAACGACGGAGGCGGCUCUGCCUUCAAUCGCACUCCACCGCCGCCGGCUCCUCUGCGGUUAGUCGCAGUAAGACUUCAACCGUGGUGGGUGGGCGGGCGGGCUAUCGAGGGGGAGGCGUGGAUUGUCCAUCACGCGAAGGAUGGAUGGUUUGACCCGGCGACGUCGCUAAUAGGCACCACCCGAGGCCACGACGUGCCGAGGUGGAACGAAGGCGACAGCCACAUCGCGCACGCAAAUGAUCACAGCGCGUACAUUUGCCAACCACAUUACUUAUUGGAGGUCCCAUCCACUUACCAAUAUCUUUUGCUAUCACGAGUUGGCCUGUGGAGAUUGACGUGUGGCCCACAUCACAUACGUGACAGAGAUAUAUCGUAGACAAAAAGCCAUGUAAUUGUACCGAGAGCAGCAGCGGAAUGCGAAGUCGAUGUCGACAUGUAGGUAGGAAUAAUUACGGUGUAAAGGGGUGAGAGACACACAUAAAUAAUAUGAUUAUAAAUGUAUAACGAAGGGGACAAGGAUGGUGGGGAUUGAUUGGCGUGGCUGCUACAAGACAAAUCUGCCUGUCGUGUGUGAGUUGAGAUGUAUUUUGCUGUGAACAGUUUGUUGUACGUCCACUUCAUUUGGAUGGAA